GAUCGGGCGCCAGCUAGAAAUGGUUAAGAAAGGAAAGAAGUUGGGCAAGGAGAGAAACAUUAUGGAGAGCGCUGAGGUGAGCAGGUUCGACAAGUGGAAUGGGGACGCAAUGCAGGUGAUGCUAGAGCACCUAGGAUGGAGGAGACCCUUAUCUCCCCUGACAUACCGAGGGAAUCAUUUCUAAAUUGAUUUGAAUUUGAUCUAUUUUAUUUAUGUCUCUUGAUCUUAGUGAAGUGUAGCAUCUCAUGGUGUGCUUUCAUGUAGUUCUUGCCUUCUUGGUUAGCACAAGGAGCUACAUGUAAUAUUGAGUGAUUGCACUAAUGUCAGAGUAGUUAUUUGCUGACUGAUGCUUUAACAAUCAAUAACACAUGUCGUACAUCUACAGGGAGGAGCUCCUCGACGUGCUCUGCAAGGACCACAGCUUCGACAUCUACAGAGACGACAUUGUCUUCAGAGACCCUCUCAACACAUUCAAGGGCCUGGGAAACUACAAGAGGCUCUUCUGGGCGCUGCGCCUCACCGGCCGGGUCUUCUUCAAGGCGUCGUGGGUUGAAGUGGUCAGCAUAUGGCAGCCCGCCGAGAACAGCAUCCUGCUUCGCUGGACCGCCCACGGCGUCCCUCGGGUGCCCUGGGGCUGGUGGGACGGCCACGCCCGCUUCGACGGCGCGUCCGUGUACAAGCUCGAUAGGAACGGCAAGAUCUACGAGCACAAGGUGCACAACGUCGCUACGAACCCGCCGGCCAAGUCCAAGGUCCUGCCGGUCCACGAGCUGGUCAGGUCACUCGGUUGCCCCUCCACUGCCGAACCCACCUGUUCUGACUUCUGAAGCUAUCGUCGUCGCAGUGCCAUCUUAUUAUUCGAGAAUUAAUUAUCUGGGAGAAGGAUAGGCGUGGGUUUAACAUGGUACCUCCGAAUUUUGUGUUUUUUCAUUGUGAUUUGAUAGCACACAAAGUUACUGAGUACUCUUGGAGUUGUAUAUAUGUAUGUACAGUGAUAGUUUAUAAAAUAAAGGCAUGUUAGUUAAGGUGUA